AUGUCACUGCUGACUCAUGUCCUCGCCUGCCUCUUCGGGAUGGGCUCGUGGGUGGCCAUCAAUGGGAUGUGGGUGGAGCUUCCCCUGGUCGUCCCGGAGAUCCCCGAGGGCUGGUACCUGCCGUCCUACCUGACGGUCCUCAUCCAAAUGGCCAACAUUGGACCUCUCUUCAUCACCCUCAUGCACCGUUUUCGCCCCGGGGUGUUGGACGAGCGACCCGUCAUCUACGGCAUCGUGGUGUUGGGGGUCAUCGCCACAUUCCUGCUAGCUUUUUUUUGGAAGCACACGGUGGCGCUAGCAGGGUCUUCACACAGUGUCCCCCUGCUGGUGUUGAGCUUCCUGCUUUCGGUCGUCGACUGCACCUCGUCUGUGACAUUUUUGCCGUUCAUGAUGCGUCUACGACCUCAGUACCUGACCACGUACUUCGCCGGUGAAGGCCUCAGUGGUCUGGUACCUGCUUUGGUGGCUCUGAUCCAAGGGGUUGGUGUUGUUCACUGCCAGAACGUCACCGUCUCUGGUAACACCACCGCCGCCGGAACCGGAGAACUUCAGGCCGUCUACCAGCCGGCCAAGUUCUCGGCCCAGAUGUUCUUCCUGUUCCUCAGUGCUAUGAUGGUCGUGUGCUUGGUAGCUUUCGUCUUGCUCAACCAUCAUCCCGCCGUGGCCCGGGAGAGGAAGAACGACCUUUACUACGACAGUGACCUGGCCCAACAGAAGAGAGAGCAAGGUUUGUCUUUGCACGCCCAGUCUCCGGAACAGAAGCCCAUGAUUAACCCGUUGGAUGCCGUCAAGAGGGAACCUCGCAGUUCCUUUGGGAUGGGGACGUUCUCCAACUUCGAGGUGGUGUUUAUCUUCGUGGUUCUGGCCUGGGUCAAUGCUCUGACCAACGCCGUGCUGCCGUCGGUGCAGUCGUACUCCUGUCUGCCCUACGGGAACCAGGCCUACCAUUUAGCCGCCACCAUGGCCGCCGUGGCCAACCCCGUAGCCUGCUUUAUCGCCAUGUUUAUACCAAUAAGGUCUCUCAUUUUUAUGGCAUUUCUGACCAUGUUUGGGACCGGAUUUGGUGCCUAUAUCAUGGCCAUGGCUGCUCUGAGUCCAUGUCCUCUGCUGGUCCACAGUCCAUCUGGAACUCUACUCAUAGUUCUGGCCUGGAUCCUGUUCGUCCUGUCGUUGUCCUACGUAAAGGUCAUCAUUGGAGUCAUUCUGCGAGACGAGGGUCACAGUGCCCUCGUGUGGUGUGGCGCAGUGGUACAGCUGGGUUCUAUGGUUGGUGCCAUAUCCAUGUUCCCUCUGGUCAGUGUCUAUGGACUCUUUAGAUCAGGUGACGCUUGUAACACUAAGUGUCCACUUUAGUGACAGAAUACCUCUAACUGUAACACACUGCUGUCAGAAAGUCAAAGAUAAAUUGCACUUGUUUAGUAACACUGAAUUUAACUGAACUGGAGCUUUACAUAUUCCUACAGUACUUGUUUCAAUAGACCAAAGUGCCCAUCGUUUAUCUGUUACUCUGUGAUGUUUUACAGUUUUGAUCAUGUCAGAUGUAUAUUUCUGUUUUAAUAAAUGUAUCUGGUUUUCUUAACUUCUACAGUCCAGUUAAACUGUGCUGAAGUUUGACCUGUCACAAUCAUCAGUACAUCCAUUUUGUUGCUGAGAUUAUAACUAUUGUUAAUUCCAUUCUCAAUUCAGAUGUGAAACACGUUUUACUUGAACUGUUUUUACUGGAAGUUAAAUUUAGUUUGCUUUUUUUUUUUUUUUUUUUUUUUUAAAGAAUACAUGGUACUUUUGGCUUUUACAGGUGCCUUUGUGUGAAAGAUUUGUGCUUUUUGUGGUCAACAUGUUAACAUUAAACUGCUCUGUAACUGUUACUACAGUGGAAAAACUGUUCAGCACUAAAUAAAAUGUGUUUUUGCUGCCUUAAAA